GACGGCUCACGCCUACACGCUGCCUUCAAACAAACCACACAACAACCGCGCGAAAACAAUCGGAAUAAAACUAAAAACUGACAGUGUGAAACGGACUUAAUCGUUUUUUUUUUCUGAGUGGCCAGUGACAAUGACGCGUGCACUCUGUGAUAAAUUAUUUUGGCGCGAAACAUGCUUGACUGAUGAAUUUCCCGCUUUUUAACUCAGUGUUGUAAGUAUCGGCAUGUCGGAUGCGGAAGCAGCUCGCGGCUAAAGGCCGUGCGGGCGGCGCCGGUCGCCUGAUGGGCAAGACGUCCGGAGGCCGGCCUGACGCAGGGCGCGCUCACAGGAUCGCCACCAGGAGGGAGUCGGGAGUGUCGUGGGGGAGGAGGGCGCGGGCGUGCGGCCCUCGAUCAGGCGGGGUGGCCGCCCACGUGGGCGCGUGGCGGCGGCGCGAGCGCGCUGCCCAGCCGCGCAGACCCAUGGAGAUCCUCACCAGCAUCUACGCGCUGCUGUCUGGAGGGCAAGGUGUUAAUCCGAAGAUCGACUCGGUAGCAUUUCGUCUGCACUGCGGGGCAACAACUGCCGCGUUGUUGGCGGCGAGCGCGGCUCUCACCACGCGCCACCUAGUGGGCAACCCGAUAGACUGCAUCCACACAAGGGACAUUCCUGAAGACGUAUUGAACACCUACUGCUGGAUCCACUCAACGUUCACAGUGGCAGGGGAGGCGUCCGGUGCCUACCCAGGGGUGAGGGGCGCGGGGACAUCGCCACGACGCUACGGGAAGUACUACCAGUGGGUCGCGUUCACAUUGUUUUUUCAGAAUUGGGCGUAUGGUUUCACUGGCAUAGGUGUUUAG